ACUUGUGUCUAGUGAAAGAAGAAAAAUGUCCCGGCAUCAGUAUCAUAAACAAUGGCCUCUCAUUGGUAUAAGAUGGGAUAAUAGCGGCCCAUCAUUGGUAUCAGUGGGAGGAAUAGUGCCCAAUCAUCAUUGGUGUCAGUGGGAACGGAAUAGGUGCCCCAUCAUUGGUAUCAGUGGGAGGAAUAGUGCCCCAUCAUUGGUAUCAGUGGGAGGAAUAGUGCCCCAUCAUUGGUAUCAGUGGGAGGAAAAGUGCCCCAUCAUUGGGGUCAGUUGCGAGAUAGUUACCAAAAUGUUGCCUUGCUGUAACUAUGUGAUCAUUGUUCAUUGGAAAAUGUGGACCCAUAUUGGUGAUCCUCGGUGUGCUGGUGAAUAUUGCCCCUUCCAUCAUUGGUGCCAGUCAGAGAAUAGUGUCCCCAUAUUGUUAAUAUCAGUUGGAGGAAUAGUACCCAUCGUUGGUAUCAGUGGGAGGAAUAGUGCCCCAUCGUUGGUAUCAGUGGGAGGAAUAGUGCCCCAUCAUUGGUGCUAGUG